UGUUAUCAAAGGGUAACACCUUUAUGCAAGAAACUGUUAGGAGGGGGAAAAUAUGCUACAGCUGGAAAUACCAUUAUUGGGCUGGGCACGGUCUCUUCCCUUUUCCUUAACUGUAAGUUCAGCAUGGAAAAGAACGUGCUCACACGGACUUGAUGGAAGGACUGGAUACUGAGAUCUUGAGGCCACGGUCAAUCAUGAAAUUUUACCUGCUGCUAGUCUUCUCCUUCUGUGGAGCAUCCCGGGAGGUGUCCCCGCCCACCUACGAGCACCGUGACCCGGUGACCUCUAAGGUGUACCAGUGUGAGCAGUGCCCGCCUGGCACGGCCGUGCUGCAGCACUGCGGCAGGGACACGUCCACCGCCUGCGGCCCGUGCCCCGAGGGGCACUUCUCUGAGCAUUGGCACUGGGGCAAAGCCUGCCAGCGCUGCACGGCCGUCUGCAAGGAGCAGCAGCUGGUCCAGAGAGAGUGCACCCGGACGCACGACCGGCUGUGCGAGUGUGCCCCGGGGUACCACCUGGAGGUGGAGUUCUGCGUGAAGCACACCCUCUGCCCGCCUGGCUCUGGGGCAACCACCCUGGGCACGCCCGAGGAUGACACGGAGUGCGAAAGGUGCGCGAGGGGCUUCUUCUCCGGGCGCUUUUCGGCGACAGAGCCCUGUGAGCCGCACCGGAACUGCAGCAGGCUGGGGCUGAGGACCCUGAGUCCCGGCACGGCAGAGAAAAACAGUGUGUGCGAACACGACGACCGCCCCAUCGCCCCGGAGUGCUUUCAGCAGGACCUGCAGUGCCACACAGAUGUUAUGCUGUGCGAGGAAGUCAUCCUCCAGUUCCUGUCUUCGCUUCACUUCCUGUCUGCGCUGCCCCUGCACACCGUGGCAGCCAGCUUACCCGGCAGGAAGCUGGACAGCACGAGUGUAGAGCAGGUGAACAAGACGUGCAGCCCCAAGCAGCAGGUCCUACAGCUGCUCAUACUGUGGAGAGAGAGGAACAAGCACCACAGAAGGCUGUUUGGAAUCACCAAAGGCGUGAAGCACUGUGAGAAGGUGGUGUCCAGGAGCUCCGCCUUCAGGAAGACGACUCUGAGUGACCUCCAGAUGAUGACCGACAGCCUGCCGGGGGCGAAGGUGAGGGAGGAGGACGUCCGGGCGGCGAUGGAGUCAUGCCAGCCCCAGCAGUACCUCCUGAAGGUGCUGUACCUCUGGAAGACCCAGAACGAGGAGCAGGAUCUGGCCAAGGCCCUGGCGCUCAGCCUGCGUGAGCUCCGCACGCGGGGAGCCCCGUCCCAUCUCCUGAGGAGCAUGAGGAGGCUCAACACGCUGUUCAACACCUCCUCCAUACGCAAGCUCUACAAGAACAUAUUCCUCAACAUUAUUCUGGAUAAGUGUUAGAUACAAAUAGAACCUGUUAAAUCCAAAUCUUACAACGACUAGACUUGGCGCCAAUGACAACAGUGCUGCAACUUUAAACUUGUAUAUGAGUUAACGGGAAAAUACAAAGUUUCCAUUGAAUGAAUAGUUACUGUGUGUUCUUGCUUUUUUACAAGCUAGAUGGAUUGGGAUUAAAUGUUUCACCUUCUGUUCUGUGUGGAUGUUUAAAAAUGUGUUUUUUUAUUGAGGGGGAAAACAAUAAAAUGAAUGCUAUUUUAUAUGAAUGUACAGAAGAUUGUAAUUAAUUUUAUUCCAUUUUUGGAUUAAAGUAGAAGAGCCCACAAAUGACAUUUAAUUUACCAGUCAUGUUCAAUGUGAAGUUGUAAAUUCAUUUCGGUCUGUUUUUCAUGUUAUCACAAUCAUCUGGAUUUUUACUUGUUUUAUAGAUAUCCUUCUGAAGUGAUGAAUGAUAAAAUACAAUGCUUUCUCUUGCCCUUUGGCUUUAUCUUGGUUAAUGUGUAGUUAAGCAAAAUGACACUUUAUGUGUAUGUUUAUUUAAAAAGAUUGAAGUUACCUAUUGUGUCUAAUUGUCAGAUCUCACCAAUAUAUUGUAAAAUCAAAUUAAUGAUAAACUGCACUGAAGUUUUCAAGACACACGAAAAUAACUAUAUGGUUAUUUGUGUUACACCAUAUAUAUAUAUAUAUAUAUAUAUAUAUAUAUAUAUAUAUAUAUAUAUAUAUAUAUAUCCCAUCAACCAUAUUGCUGAUAUUUCUUUUUGUGAUUGUCAGUGAAAUAUAAUGAUCUUGUGAGCUCAUGUACGUAUGCAUCCUGAUCCAUUCCUUAUGAAGCUCUGCUGCGCCCACCAUUGCUUACAGUAGAUUACAGUGGCUGUUUUAAAACAAUAAUUUGUGUACAAAAAAGUAAUAAAAGGUGCCUUUAGCUGAAUGCUGAACUAUAAGGUGCAUCUAUGAAUCAUUGUCAACUGUGCGCAUGCUAAGGGUGUAUCUCCGACAUUUUCACCCUCUGCGUGUGUGUCUUUGUGUGUGUUUUUCACAUGCGUGUUGACACAAAUACACAAUGAAUUCUUAUGAUACAAUUUGAAAUAUAGUACAUGACAUUAUUGUGCCUCUGUGAGUAUGUGCACAUACUACUCUUGCACUACCCACCGUCUCCUAAAUUGUUUCAAGUAACAGUGGAGCGAUUCAAUUGCACUUUUAAUCUUGUUCUACAUUGCUUAUCAUCUGAAAGAAACUAAUCAAUUGCCAAUUUGUCACAUUGUUACAAUGCACAUAAAAAUCACUCAUUAUAAUUAGAAUGAUUUGUG